CCCCGUCACUCAGCAGGCCAGGAGCCCAAGACAUUAAGUAAGCUGCCCAAGGUCAUGGUCGCUAGAGCAGAUGCCAAGCCAUGGGGCAGGCCUCAGCCCCAGAAGCCCGAGUUCUCUCUCUUCCAUCGUCACCUCUUUCCAUCCUCCCCAGCACCCAACAGAUGCUUAGUGAGUGGAAGUGGCCAUGCCUUCCCUGUCCCCGCGUUAGGGCAGCCGGUGCCCCUGCAGGGCUUGGCCUUCUGUGACUCAGUUUCUCCUCCUGGGCUCCCCACACGGCCCCGCAUCUCGUUUCAGUGAUGAGGCUCCUUCUCCGCGGCCCGGCCCUCCUGGCUUCCCUGAUCCUGCUCCAGGCUGCAGCGUCCACCACAAGUAAGUGGACCUCCAGUGCUGUGGCCAUCUCUGAUGCUGUGAGUCAGGCCAAGGUCCAAGUCAACAAGGCCUUCCUGGAUUCCCGAAUCAGGAUGAAGGCCACCAUGAGCUCCGAGACGCCCACCAGCCCACAGCUCUCGGGGUACUUCAAGCACGCCAGGGGCAGGACCCGCACGGCCAUCCGCAGUGGGCAGGUGUGGGAGGAGUCCUAUAAGAGACUGAGGCAGGAGGCGUCCUUGUCCAACGUCACAGGCCCCAGCCUGGACUUGGCUUUGCUCUCCCGGGAGGUGGGCUGUGAUGGCCCGGCGCCUGUAGUGAAAUGCGACGUGGACAGCCCUUACCGCACCAUCACCGGGCACUGCAACAACAGGAGGGAGCCCACGCUGGGCGCCGCCAACAGGGCACUGGCACGCUGGCUGCCGGCCGAGUACGAGGACGGGCUCUCCCUCCCCUUCGGCUGGACGCCCGGGAAGACGCGCAAUGGCUUCCCUCUGCCGCUGGCCCGCAAGGUAUCCAACGAGAUCGCAGGCUAUCUGAGCGAGGAAGGUGUUCUGGACCAGCACAGGUCUCUGCUGUUCGUGCAGUGGGGUCAGGUCGUGGACCACGACCUGGACUUUGCCCCCGACACCGAGCUGGGCAGCAGCGAGCUCUCCAAAGCUCAGUGCGAGGAGUCGUGCGUCCAGAGAGGCAACUGCUUCCCCAUCACGUUCCCACCCAACGACCCCAAGGUGCAGACUCAAGGGCAGUGCAUGCCUUUCUUCCGGGCCGGGUUCGUCUGCCCCACUCCGCCCUUCCAGUCCCUGGCCAGAGAGCAGAUCAACGCUCUGACCUCCUUCCUGGACGCCAGCCUCGUGUACGGCCCCGAGCCCGGCCUGGCCAGCCGCCUCCGCAACCUCAGCAGCCCCCUGGGGCUCAUGGCCGUCAACCAGGAGGUCUCAGACCACGGGCUGCCCUACUUGCCCUUUGACAGCAAGAAGCCGAGCCCCUGCGAGGUCAUCAACGCCACUGCCCGCGUGCCCUGCUUCCUGGCGGGAGACUCCCGAGCCUCGGAGCAGACCCUGCUGGCUGCUUCUCACACCCUCCUUCUGCGGGAGCACAACCGGCUGGCGAGGGAACUGAAGACACUCAACCCGCAGUGGGGUGGGGAGAAGCUCUACCAGGAGGCCCGCAAAAUCCUGGGAGCCUUCAUUCAGAUCAUCACCUUCAGGGACUACCUGCCCAUCGUGCUAGGUGACAAGAUGCAAACGUGGAUCCCCCCUUAUCAAGGCUACAACCAAUCUGUGGAUCCCCGAAUUUCCAAUGUCUUCACCUUUGCCUUCCGCUUCGGCCACUUGGAGGUGCCCCCUACCGUGUCUCGCCUGGAUGAGAAUUACCAGCCGUGGGGCCUGGAACCGGAACUCCCCCUGCACACCCUCUUCUUCAACACCUGGAGGAUGAUCCAAGAUGGUGGACUUGACCCUCUGGUGCGGGGCCUGCUGGCCAAGAAGGCCAAGUUGCCGAAUCAGGAUAAAAUGAUGACAGGAGAACUGCGCAACAGGCUUUUCCAGCCGACUCACAAGAUCCACGGGUUUGAUCUGGCUGCCAUCAACAUACAGCGUUGUCGGGACCACGGGCAGCCUGGGUACAACUCCUGGAGGGGCUUUUGUGGCCUCUCGCAACCCCGGACCCUGGAGGAGCUGACUGCAGUGCUGAAGAACCCAGAGCUGGCCAAGAAGUUGCUGCAUCUCUACGGGACCCCAGACAACAUCGACAUCUGGGUGGGGGCCGUCGCAGAGCCCCUGGUAGAAAGGGGGCGGGUGGGACCGCUCCUGGCCUGCCUAUUGGGCAAGCAGUUCCAGCAGAUCCGCGACGGAGACAGGUUCUGGUGGGAAAACCCUGGGGUCUUCACGGAGAAGCAGCAGCAGUCUCUGCGGAGAGUGUCCUUCUCACGCCUGGUCUGCGACAACACCCACAUCACCAAGGUCCCCCUGGACCCUUUCCAGGCCAACAGCUUCCCCCAAGGCUUUGUGGGCUGCUCAGCCAUCGACAAGCUGGACCUCACACCCUGGGCCUCCCUGGAGGAUUAGGGGCCUGGGCUCCCCCUGCUCCUCAGUGCCAUCUCAAGCAGGUUCAAUGGCCUGUCCCUGGGAGCACCCCCACCCUGGCCCUGGCCCUCGUUUUCAGCUGGGCUUCUCUCCGCUCACCAGCCAACAGCUGGCCCAAGCCCCAGGGCAGAUACCUGCGGCUCUUCCGCUUGGUUCCCACCAUGUCUACCCCCACCCUGCAGCCUGUGGAAAUCCUGCGCCUCCGAGACGCCCUUCCUGUCCAGAUCCUGCUCUCUGAGCCGGAGACUUCUGCCAGCACGGUGCUCAGCACACUCAGGGCUCAGUGGAAGCUGAUGACGGACUCAAGGUGCUGGCAGGGACGCCGCUCCCCUUGGAAGGCGGCACGGACUUGCUGCUGACCCCGCGUUCUGCCUCGUGUGCGCAGGGGUGCGGGGUGACAGGGUGGGUGGGAGUUCUGAGAGCUCUUAAAGAAGCCAGAAGGCACAGGGCUCCUGGGGAGAAGCAGUGGCCAUGAAACAGCCAGGGAAGGGCUUGGGGAGAAUCUAAGCUGGUGGUGCAGCGGGAAAACCAAGACGGGGCCCCCCUGCAACUCAAAGGCACCCCCUUCCAGAGGCCCUGCUGGGAAGCCCCCUCUGCCUCCAGGACAGUGCUGGGAGCCAGGAAAGACUCUGAAAGGGCAGCCCCACAAUAUCCCCUGCGCCGAUUCCCAUUAUACAGUUGCACAGGUG